AUGGCAUCGCGCAGCCUUCUGAUCUUCGCGCUGCUGCUCUUCGUCUGUCUCCUGUCCGUCCAGACGCCCACCUCCACCGCCCUCGUCGCCGCCGCGGACGACUCCUAA